AAUCAGCGCUAAAAUAAUAUUGUUUUGAAGGGUCACUCAGGCCAGAUCACCAGGGUUAAAGUUCCCACGAUCACUACGGUACGUUCGUGCUUCUACGGCAUUUUGUUGUCCAAGGUCCAAUCAUAUGACCAGCAUAGUGCCAUACUCCAUAGGCGAGCCAAGAGCCAAUGUACUAAUCAUCAGCAAGUCAGACACAUCAGGGAAGCGAACAAAGGAGAUCCCUCUGAUCUAAUCGAUCCUUCUACCACACACCAACCCUGGUGGUGCACAUCCAUGGCUGAGCCUAUUGCCCAAUCAAUAAUCGAAUCAUAAAUUACUGUUCCACAAUGUGAUCCUCGCAGGCUACUCGCCAUCCCGCAAAGGUCCAACCUACAAUAGACAACAGGUCAUAUCGAUUGACAAAAGAUCACCACAAGUUGUCAUAAACGAGCCGGCUCGCCGGGCCGCACACAUGUACAUGUAUACACAAAACGCGCUUAAUAACUUUCGCGCCAUUACUGCUUGUGACGGAAUACAGUUUGGGAUCACUUUGUGUACGUUAGCCAUAACGAAAUGGGUUAGAUUAUUGCCCAAUGAGAUAAGAUAACGAGAAGGUGUGUUUCAGCAGUGCUAUUUGGAGACAACAGUUGUAAAAGGAGUGCUAUAUUUGCUGUUCGAGUCUCGUGCGCAAUCAGUAGUAAAUAAGGAAGUUCGUCGUCCAUGCAAGGACAGCAAGGACUGGUUCGGUCAGAACAUCUUUGCCGUCGAUAGUAAUUGAAGGACACAUUCAUCAUGACUAGUUACCGAAUGGUGACAGAUUUAUUUUUGUCUUGUGACAUAAACUGCUACAUAGUUACAAUACCAAACCAGUUUUCCUCCAAAGAUAAUAUACCAUUGUAAACUCGGAGAUUUCACCAUUGCGAAUUUCUAGCCAGCUAGCUACACGGACAAUUUCUUCCGUCCAGAAAAUUCAUCCGAUUUUUACCUUGAUUUGUAUAAACAUAAUGGAAGCGAUUCAGCCGUCUUCCCCUGAGAAUGCUGUAUCAUCUCGCGUUGGUGAAGACACGGUACCAAAGCAGCAGACUGUGGGUUCAGAAGAACAUACCUUAAUAAUUCCACCGCAGUCAAAAUCCAAAUCGCCUGUACCUAGCAGUAGCAACGGUCACAGUCAUCAUGACACCCGUCCCAGGAGCUCUACCGACGUAAGGCACAUACGAAAUCAUCCUAGGUCCCCAACCAGCCCUGGACCAUCGGAGCCACAGCGAAACCAAAGGCUACGGAGUAAAUCGCAUAGCAUCAGUAGUACUAGCAGUGAAAACAUGAUCUUAGAGGACAGUUUUCCAGAGGACGACAACCGAACGCGUGAGCGGGAGAUGUGGGCCAUGCUCGCGGGACAGACAGCGUUCAAGUUCGAGUCCUACAUCUUCCAGCGUGUGCUUCCAAAGUCGCUCAUCAAACCACACAUCUUCCCACGCCACGUCGAGGACAUGGAAACCCUGAUCGAGAAGUACACGGCGACUGGCAAAACGCAACGUCUAGAAGGAGCCGCGGAGAAAUGGGCCACUCUAAAAAGCGAGUGGAAGUGGCGAAAGGCCCAUGGACUGGUCAUGGGCACAGCAAAGUCGGCCUAUCUCCACAUCUCUAACCCUCUAGAAGUCAUGAUGAAAUUAGAUCGGGAGAAAGGGGACAGUCUGGAAGACGCAAGACGAGCCUACCGCAAUGUCCUUCCAGCCAACUUGCAAGAACCUGGACAAGAAGUUGUAGACUUGAUGCAUAUGAUUGGACUCCUUACAGACAAGUCGUCUCCUCCAAGCCCAAGGUGAUUAACGAAUCGUCGAGAGGAUUUUAAUACUGAAAGUGAAGCAAUUGUAAGUUGUAACGGGUUAUACACAUUCAAUGGUUGCCGCAUUAUCUGACAAUCCGAACGAAAAUCCAUUUUCGGGAGCUCAGUGUUUACUUUUUCGGAUCCUGUCUUCCAAAUUUCUCGUUUGGGCAAACCUUGCUUUUCAAGUCAUUAACCUUCCUUUAUAAUUCUGCAUUCUCCCUUUAAAACAAUUUAAAAACCCUUUUCAUUUCCUUCUCGGCAAUGUUAAAGAUGAUUGUCAAAAGUUUAGAAUGUGCCGAAUGCACUUCCAAUCGACUGCAAAUGCCAUAGAAAAGGGUGAAACAUUUAAAGCUUAUGUUCCUCAAUUAGAAAUAAAUCCCGAAGGUGCACAUUAAAUCCCACUCCUUGCAAAACGGCAACCGAAACGGCGACAUGAGGCGUCAUGUGGUGACCACUUGUGCGGUCUUGGACGCUACAUGUAAUAAUGCCGUCCUCGUACAAAACGUGAUCGCAAAAUGAAUAUUACAAAUAAUGCUAAUAAUAAAUGGCGUAAGGGACCAUUGCCGUCACAGGUUUGCUUAGCGCAGGGAAUAACGCAUUUUUAAUGAAGUUCCCAAGAUUUUUCGUCUAAAAAUUGCAGUAUGAUUGUAAAUUGUGUGUGUAAUGACAUACAUUUGAAGCAUAGAAGCAAUGUGAUUCAUGGCUGUUUCUUAGUUGCUUACAUUUUUAAAUUCAUUUGUUUUCAAUAUUAUAAAGACAAUCUUCUUUCAUAACAUCAUGGUAAUUUGAUAUUGUCUAUCCAUGAGACUAAGAAUUUGGCUUUCAAAACAAUCUACAUAACAUUUUUUCAGUCUGAAAUAUUUAAGAAAUUCAAUACUUUAUGAUAUUUGUAUAUUUGUAUAUAAACAAAGAGAGAACUUUAUUUAAGAUGCGAUAUGAAUGAAUUUUUUUUUUCUUAUCGAAGAGUUUGUUUUUAGUGCAGUGAUUUUUCUUUCUGCAAUCGAUUAAUGCUGUAACUAAUGAUUUAUUUUAUUUUAUUGGUUCUAAUUAAAACUAUUUAUUUGAAUGUUCACGGUUGAGAGAUACUAAAUCGUACCACAGAAUUAAAAUACAUUUCGUACCCUUGAUAUUCAUACAUAUAUGCCCGCUGGUGGCGUGCUGCGUAGUAGUUAUCCUUUAGGAUCUCUAUGGUGUUUUAUGUUUUGUGCCAAAUUUAUGUAUUAUUGUGCAAGGUUUUCCAUUUGUAUAUUGAACGUAUACAUUAAAACAUUUCACUUUCUUAUGGUGAAAGUGUAUGCAAAGUGAACCGAACUUUUAGCACAAAGGGAAAUUUGCCGAAAUAAUGCAGGGUUAUAACGGUGUUAGAUUUUCACAAAAACUUGCCCUAAAUCACGACUGCCCAAGGAUCCUAUUUGCUCGACCUUUUUUACACAGCAAAUGCGAUGUUCAUUUCCCUAUAAUGUAGACGGAGCUAAUAUUUUGUAGACUUGUGAUUGUAGAAAAAAUACAUUUGUUAGUCUUCCGUUUAUGUACAGUACUUUAUAUACUGGUCAUUAGGAGAAGUUAUAACCAUAAUUUGAUUUGUCGUUUUACUACAUAUCUGGUCCGAUUCAAGCUCUAGUGAGGUUUUAAAUCUAAGCAAUUGGUGAGAAAAAUCUCGAAUGUGAUCAAGUACGUAUGAGAUAUUUUUUUAAAACACAAUAACAAACAACAGGGACUAUGCCCGUAUAGUGAUACAAUGAUGGUUCUUACCUUGUCUGUACAUUUUGAACUUAAUAUCUGAUGUUAUUGUGCGAAUGUAUGUUUACUUUUCAAUUUAAAAAUUGGACUAAAGUUUUUAGGUGUGCGAUAACGAGAUCUGCUUUUCUAUGCUGCUUGCGAUCUCUAGAAUUCAUUAGCGUUUAGUUCAUUCUAAUCUAUGUGUGUGAUUUUCUGCUUGAUUGUAAUGAUAUUCGUGAAAAUCUUUAUACACGUAAAAUAAUUAUAUCCAUUGAUAAUUGAUCAAUGAGAUAUUAUUUGCAGGAAUGUUGAAGUAAAAAAUUCAUACAGUUGA